AUGCCUGCUCCCUCCACCCAAAUGCGCCACACCACCGAAUUCCUCGCACCUGCCCAAUCAAAACAAAUCUUACCAUCCACUCAUCAUCCUCGCCCACACCUGUCUAGCCAUCUCCAGCCAUGUAUAUCUGCCGGCAAGUCUCUUCUUGACAAGGUCUUCGCAUACUGGGCAUACUGCGCGACCGUGUGCGAGUCCCUUGAGCAGCUCGACGGACACGUCGCCGACCACAUCGAGGCGGAGCCGCCGGUACAGCUGCGCGGUGUGAAGCGAAGGCGGAUAGACCAGGGCGUUUGGGUCAAGGUGGCAGGCAAGGGUCAGGAACAGGCUGCUUCUCAGCCGAUAGCAUAUGAGCCCAUAUCAGACGAGCUACCUACACAAGCUUCGCAAUCGCAGCUGGGCGAUACGAGCAUCACCACCGACACGACCUACCCCAUUCCCUCCUUCCAAUCCAUCCGGCAACCCCUUUCCUUCCCCUCUCCCCAGCGCCUGAGCCCCUCCCAGAAAGGCAGUACCGACCGGAACAGCCAGGACAGCAAUACCUCAGCGAUGGACGAGGAGAUCAUCCAAAGCCAGCUGAGCGAGGGCAUUGACUUGUCUCCCGAGAUUCGGCGGAACCCUCAGUUCUCCUCAUCAGGCGGUCCCUCUCCUCGUCAACGGGCUUCCGGGUCCAAGCGCCGGUCGAUCAGCCCCUUCAUCGCUCCUACGCAGGCGCAGCAGACCCAGGCACGGAGCACUCAAAUCUCCAACAGUCAGGACGGGUCCAUGCCGCCUCCCACCCAAGCUCCGGACCGAUCUGUCCGCACCCAAAAAACGCCAGAUGUCAUGGUCGAGAUCGGUCGCGGACCCACCUCCCAGGAAUCCCGCAUCUCCAACCCCUCCCCUCUUUCCUCCUCCGCAUCCUCUACCGGCUCCAAAUCGGUCGCUUCUCCUCGCGAGUCGGUCGUACGGCGAACCCCCACCAAUCGGCCCUUGAUGUUCGGAUCGGCUUUCGACAGCCCAAAGGCGGUCCAGGUGGUGGCUACGGAGGUGGCGGACAAGGAGAAGAGUGGGAGCGCAAAGAAGGGGCCAAGGCUGAGCGUGGGGUUCACAUUCGGAGGUCAGCUGGGGGAUGGCGCGGGUCCUGGAUCAUAG